GCUCUGGCUGCAAUCUCCAGCCUUGUAGCUAUAAACUCAGCUGAGCUGCUGCGUAGAAGGAACAGUGGAGUGAAGCACCCUCUCGUGUAGGAAGAGCGCUGCGCGGUCGUGAUGGUUCAUCCGUUGCAUUUGCAUGCCCUCCAUGAGCUGCUGCUGCAAGCGAGGUCUCCACAUGCAGCGCUAGGACUGGUCUUUGUCCUGCUCGUCUGCCCUCUUCUUCUCCUCCUGCUCGUGCGCCGCCUCGCAACGCCGUCGACGGCCGCGGCCACCGCGAGAGCCAGAGAAGAGCUGCUGGGCAGGCUGCCGUCUCCUCCGAGCAGGCUCCCCGUCAUCGGCCACCUGCACCUCGUCGGUUCCCUCCCGCACGUCUCCCUCCGAGACCUCGCCGCCAAGCAUGGCCGCGACGGCCUCAUGCUCCUCCGCCUCGGCGCCGUCCCUACGCUCGUCGUCUCGUCGCCGAGCGCCGCGCAGGCCGUGCUGCGCACGCACGACCACGUCUUCGCGUCCCGGCCCUACUCCGCCGUCACCGAAAUCCUCUUCUACGGCCCCACGGACGCCGCCUUCUCCCCCUACGGCGAGCACUGGCGGCAGGUCAAGAAGAUCGCCACCACGCACCUCCUCACCAUCAAGAAGGUCCGCUCCUACCGCCAUGUCCGCGAGCACGAGGUGAGAUUGGUUGUGGCCAAGAUCCGCGAUGCGGCCUCCAAAUGUACCGCCAUCGACAUGAGUGACCUUCUCAACGCCUUCACCAAUGACAUUGUGUGUCAUGCUGUGUCAGGCAAGCUUUUUAGGGAACAAGGUCAUAACAAACUCUUUCGAGAACUCGUCGAGGCCAACUCAUUGCUCUUGGGUGGAUUCAACCUAGAGGACUGCUUCCCCAUGUUGGUGAAGCUGGACAUUAUCAAGAGGAUGGUUUGCGCAAAGGCCCAGCAGGUGAACAAGAUGUGGGACAACCUGCUCAAUAAUAUCAUCGAUGAGCAUGCAAGCAAGUCAGUGGCAGAACAUAAUAGUGAGGACAACGACUUCACUGAUGUUUUGCUUUCUAUCCAACAAGAGUACAAACUCACGGGAGAUCAUAUUAAGGCUCAGUUAGAGAUCAUGUUCCAAGCUGGCACUGAUACAACAUUCAUAGUGUUAGAAUAUGCGAUGGUCAAGCUCAUGCAAAACCCCCACCUCAUGAACAAGCUACAAGUUGAGGUGAGGAGCACUAUACCCAAGGGCAAAGAAAUGGUUACUGAAGAUGAUAUCAAUAGUUUGGCCUACCUAAAGGCGGUCAUCAAAGAGACACUCCGGCUCCAUAUGCCUGGGCCGCUCCUCAUUCCCCACCUCUCCAUGGCUGACUGCAACAUAAAGGGCUACAUGAUACCAUCAGGAAUACGUGUCAUUGUCAAUAGUUGGGCACUUGCAAGGGACCCUAGCCGUUGGGAGCACGCAGAUGAGUUCAUGCCUGAGCGAUUUAUGGAAUGCGGGAGCGCCGCGGCUAUGGACUAUAAGGGAAAUGACUUCCUUUACUUGCCAUUUGGCGCCGGGCGAAGGAUUUGCCCAGGUAUCAACUUUGCGAUUGCGAGCAUUGAAAUCAUGCUAGCGAAUCUAAUGUACCAUUUCAACUGGAAGCUACCUGUAGAGUUGAUGGAAGGUGGCAUCGAUAUGACUGAAGUAUUUGGGACGACAGUGCACCGGAAGGAGAAGCUCCUCCUUGUUCCCGUAGUGCCACAAGAUUAAUACAUUGGUCCAUUGUAUUGUGUGUGCGCAACAGAUUGAUUACCUACCUUAAUAGUAUCAUGAAUGUGGCUUUUUGGAACUCUUGUUAAGCACAAGUGUAAUAUGUAAUUAAAGAAAACACUGAAUUAAAUUGAGUACCAUA